UUGAUCCAACGGACCUCGCAUUCUCUCCACGCCGAAUUCCUCUUCACUCUCCCUCUCUAAAAAAGUUCUCUGUGGAAUUACGUUAUUUUCGAAUUAGCCGGAGAAAUUUGCUUCUGAAUUUUCAUUUUUCGUAGAUUAUUUUAAGUAUUUCCACCGAUUUUACUUCUGAAUUUCGUAACGAUUUGUGUAGUUUAUAUCUGUGAAGUUUUUGUUUUAUAUUUUUUCUGUUAGGAAUGAAAGAGUUUAUGAUUGAAUAUGUAAACCAAAGUUUUUGAGCUUCAUCCGCUUUUUUUAUAUUUUAUUUUGGUCCAAAUUUUUUGAUAUUUUUCCAAUAUCUGUGGAAUUUAACAUCCUUUCUGGUAUCAAACCCUGUGAAUGAUCAAUAUAAACCUUACGAUUGUGAGUUCAAAGCAGCUUUGGUAUCUAGGCAGCUCAUUUAUACCAAGAUUCUGAGAAUCCUACCUAAAAUUGCUGUUUUACAGUAGUAGAAACUCUUCAGCGCCUCAAUUUUCACUAUCGUGUGAGUUCUUGGAAGAAAGAAAUGGCGGAUUCUGAUAAUGAAUCGGGAGGAAACAGAGACCACAACUCGCAUAACAAUGAGACCUCCCCAAGAGAGCAAGACAGGCUUCUCCCAAUCGCCAACGUGAGCAGAAUCAUGAAAAAAGCACUACCCGCGAACGCAAAGAUAUCGAAAGAUGCAAAAGAAACGGUGCAAGAGUGCGUAUCCGAGUUCAUCAGCUUCAUCACCGGAGAGGCGUCCGAUAAGUGCCAGAGGGAGAAAAGGAAGACAAUCAACGGCGAUGACUUACUUUGGGCGAUGACCACUUUAGGAUUCGAGGAAUACGUCGAGCCGUUGAAGAUUUACUUGCAGAGGUUUCGUGAUAUGGAGGGGGAGAAGAGUGCAAUGGCUGGAAGAGGGGAGAAGGAAGGCGGCGGCGGUGGGGGAAAUGGCAGUGUGGUAAAUAUGGGGACUUCUGGGGGUGGCUAUGAGGGGAUGUAUGGAAUGAUGGGGCAUCAGAUGCAGCAGGGACAAGUUUACGGGUACAAUCAGAUGGGUGGCAGUGGUUCCGGAAAAGUUGGGUCGGGUUACCAUAUCGGAUCCGGGUCUUCAACUGCCAGUGGAAGACCAAGGUAAUUUGAUUUGCUUCUGUUGUAUUGAUUUCUCUUGAUAAUGAUGUGACAUAGUAGUAUAUGUUGAAAUAUGAAAUAUAUUUCAUGUUUAUAUAUGUGUAUCUCUGAGUUUGGUUUUGACAUGAAGUAGAUGUUCUUGGCUGUUUUUCUAUUGAUUUUUGUUACUUGGGAUUAUAGUUUCUUAGUUUUGGGCAUAAAAGAAUUAUGAAAAUUGAGUCGCAACUUGUACC